CGGAGAGCGAUAUCGGAGCGUGCAAACAUGUCGCCGCUUAGAUUCCUCGCCGCGGGGAGGCUCUCCUCACGCCGGAUCCGCGGAGGAGGACCAGCGAGGCGGCUCCUCCACCGCUCCGGGAACCAUGCGGACGGUGCCCGGGGAUCUGGCUUCUCUGCCCGUUUUCCCAUGGGAGGCAGCAACAAGCUGCGUGCCAGCGUCGCGGCGGUGGGUGCCUUAUCUGCCGCCUUGAUCGGAGCAAAGCUGUAUCUCAGAAAACACAGAAAGCAACCAAUAUCUGAAUCUUCAGGUUGGGAGCUAACCGAUAAGGAUGCGGCGACGCUGGAGGAGCAGGACUUGGAGAAGGAGGCGGCCAUGAAGGCGAGGUUCGAGGAGUGGAUGGUCAAGUAUGAGCGCAGGUACAAGAGCGAAGAGGAGAAGGCUAUGCCGUACAGGGAGUUCAAACGCCAUUGCAAGAACGCCGAGAGGGCCAACAUGCUCUCCCGUGGAGGCGCCACGUUCGGGCCGAACAACCUCGCCGAUCUGACCGAGGAAGAGGGGCUCUGUCGGAGCGGAGGUGAGUGUGAGCCCACCUUCGCGCAUAGGUUGGGGUACCCGUACCGGCGCGCCGUCGAAUGGUGGGUUCUGGGCAAGUGAAGGGUGCUCUUGGGACGAACGGCGAAUAUGGUUGUGUCAAGUUUUAUUAGGAAGAAGACAAGAUUCGUAUGGUUGUGUGAUCAGGUAACAUGUCACGAUCAUUGAAACUGAUACUAGCUAAUUUGAAAUAAUUACCUUAAUUCAUUCA